UCACGUGGUGUGGUGCCCUCAGGCACUGAAGCAACGCGGCCUCGGGCAUCAACCAGGCACCAAGGCAGAAGUUGCCUGGGGCCGCGAGGGGAUUACGCUACAGCGACUCGGAAGUCGUCCUCCAUCCCCGUCGUCUGUACGACGUACCGUGUCUACGAUUCGGUUCCUGGCCACUACCACCCCGGCUCCGGCUCGCCCGGCAAUGCGCCUGGAAAACCACCCGAUUCGACAUCGCUCACCACCAUGCAGCAGCGAUCCGACCAUAGAUAGUAGUUACCCCUGUCGACAUCGAAGAGUCCGUACGCGAUCCCACACGACCCAUUCCCGUAUAUUGCUUGCGUGGAAGCGGGUGGAGGAGCCCCUGGGCCAAUCAGACCGGGUACGACCGUGUAUCCCGUGGAAACGGCUUGCGCAUGCGAUCAUAAGAUCCUCUGAAGCAUGCCAUCCCAAUUGUUCAGUUGCAAGCUGCAUGAAUUGCAAUUGCCGCGUUGCGUACCACCGGGCGCGAGCCGUGGUACGCAGAUCGUCGGUUCCUGGUGCUGCAGAGCCAAGACCCAAGAGGAGGCUCGAUCUGCGUCGCAACCCGGGAUGCCCUGGACGACUACCGGCAGUGCUUGCUGCUUGUUUGGGGGCAACCCACCCCCGUCUUUCUCGAAAUUCGGGCGAUUCCAGCAAUGUAUCUGCCGCCGUGACAGGCAGGCUGCGACCCGAUCGGCAGGCUCGACCAUGGAAUGACAGCGAAAAUCGCUGGCCCCCAUGGUCCCCCUUGCCUGGCAAUGUUCCGAGUUAGACUUUGCCCGUCGACGAUCUGGCGGGGGUCGGGUUGGAGAUGAUAUCUCGAGCAGGGACCAGGCGCAUGGCUGCCAGGCAGCCACACGGUGCUGGGGACGGACGAGGCACUCAUUCUCAGGAAUCGGGAUCACCAGAAAUCGAGCAGGAAGACCGACCAGCCAUGGCAGAACAACGACCAAGGCCGUCCCGAUGGAGACGGGGCUCGAGCGCGUGUGAAGAAUGGGGCGGAAGAGGUUGCCAGUUGGAGCCAACUGGGGAAGCGGGCGAAUGGUGGUGGUCGCGACACGGUUGCCCCUGA